AUGACCAAACCUAAUACCUACACCAACCCUAUCCUCCCGGGAAGUCAUCCGGACCCCUCCAUCAUCCGUUCUGGCGAUAAUUACUUCCUCAUCACAUCUUCCUUUGAAUACUUUCCCGGGAUCCCCAUAUAUCACAGCACUGAUCUGAUAUCAUGGAAACUCAUAUCCCAUGCCUUAACCCGUCGUUCCCAGCUUGAUAUUCGGACCCCUGAACCUGGAGGUGGAAUAUGGGCUCCGACUAUCAGGGAGCAUGAUGGCUGGUUUUAUAUCACUGCUGCGUGUUUUGAUAGGUAUAGGCCGCAAGAAGAUCAAAGGGUCUGGCCAAGAGGAUUUUACGUUAAGUGUAAAGCGGAGGAUGUGUUCGGGGGUGAGUGGAGCGAACCAGUUUGGUUUGAUGAAGUGGGGUUUGAUCAAGAUUUGUUUUUUGACGAUGACGGAAAAGUCUAUUUGUCAACCACUAGACGUAAGCAUGAGCGUACAAUCGAAAAGCCCCUUAAAGAUUUUGCCAUCCAUAUCACUACUAUUGAUAUUUCCACUGGGGCUUCUACAUCUGCUCCCCAGGUAAUUCGUUCUUCUCCGUCGGGUAUUGCAGAAGGAUCCCAUAUUUUCAAGCGAGGGAAAUUCUACUAUCUCUUUACUGCUGAAGGGGGUACCGAAUCGGGACAUUGUGAAUGGGUAUCACGUUCAUCAACUGGACCUUUCGGACCAUGGGAAAUUAUCGAUGCUCCAUUAUGGAAAAUCGGAGUUGAAGGUGAUGAAGUGGUUAACACAGGCCACAUUGACAUUGUUGAAGAUAAAGAAGGAAAUUGGUGGGCCGUUCUUCUUGCAUGUCGGCCUAUAAUACUAGCCGAUGGAGUCAAAUCUUCUGUUUUUGGAAGGGAGACUUUUCUCGUACCUAUGACGUGGAAGGAUGACUGGCCAGUUGUAAACGAAGGCAAGAAAAUCACCCUUCAAGGCGAGGGUCCAGUAUUAUAUCAGAUACAGCAACCUGCCAAGUGGCGUGAUGAAUUCACAAGUCCAAAGUUACAACUUGGGUGGUAUCGAAAGAAUACUCCCCAAAGACAAGAUUUCGAGAUAACUACUCAUCCAUCUAGCUUGCGUUUAUUUGGAAGUCCAUACACACUCGGCAGUCCAGCAUGCCCUACUGUUUUCUUCCGCAAACAAACAUCCCGCGUGGGAGUUUGGUCUACUCGGCUCUCCUUCAAUCCCACUUCUACCCAUAUGGAAGCAGGAACGGUAGUAUAUUGGAACCAUUUAACUUACGCACACAUCGGAAUUAAGGGCAGUUCCCAAGAAUCCCGCCAAAAAGUCAUCAGUCAAGUCUUCGUCAACGGCCAAGCCAAGGCUCACAGUAUCGGAGAGCUCCAAACCAGAGGCGAUGUAAUAUUGUACAUCUGGUGUACAGACGAAGGAUACAAAUUAGGCUAUAAAACAUGCGAUGAUGAACCCAACGAAAAAGCCAUACAAUGGAUGGGCGAACCAAUAGGUGAGGAAAUAACGGCUGAUCCACCCAUAGGCGCUGCAUUCACAGGAAUGAUGCUCGGAUUGUAUGCAACUGGAAAUGGAGAUUCGGGUACCGUGCCUGCGGAUUUCAGUUUCGCGGAGUUUGAUACUCUUUUGAAGCCUGGUCUUUGA